CGCGCGCGCGCGCGCGCACACACACGCACACACGGCCAGUGAGCAACAGGUAGCAUUGCUCCAUGAGAUCCUCAGGGAGGGAAACUCGCUUCAACACACACUUUUUAGCUUGUUUUUCCACGCGCCCCGCAGCCGUGUCCGUGCGCCUCGGACGCGCAUUAACGCCGAACAACUUUCCGACCGCGUGUUGACGGAGACAAGUUCACUCUGCGACUUGUGGAAGGAUCUCGGAUUUGUGCGCAAGGAUCUUUUCUGUAAUCUGGUGAAAACCGAACAGGUUUAAUAUGACGGCUGGAGGAACAUGCGGAGAACCGAGAUCCAGGAUCGGCUUGUAAGGAAUCGCACCUGAUUAGAGACGAUUGAAGCGAUUCGUUCAGCAGGACUAAACCUAAAGGGGGAAAGAAUAAAGGAAAAACAUAUUUACACUGUCCGAUUGUUGCGAAUCGGAACCGGCGGGGUAACGGAGCGCGUAAAAAGCCGCAAGGAAGUCACGCGUUCAGGUUCACGUCGUGCGUCCGUUUUGCGUGACGCAGCUUUGGAGAUUUGUCUUGUAACCGAGUUCUGAUCGGGCCACCUGUUUAUUUAUUUAUUUUUGUUUAUUUUGUUUAUAUUUUUUGUUUGUGUUGUUUUUAAAGGGAAUGCGUAACAGCCGAAAUGUAAAACCAUCCAAUGGAGAUCUCUAAGCGCAUGAUCAGGACGGAGAGUUACAAACCUUUCUGGCUGCCUGAAAUGUGGUGCCUGGUUUUCCUUCUGAACUGAAUUGCAUGACAGCAUCUCGUAUGACUGGGACAGUUGCACACGUUAGGGGUCCUGCUCCAGUCAGUGCCUUCAUGCUGUCUUACCCACACUCUGCACAGGACAUCCAACACUAAUUAGUGGGAUUUUAAUUAGCCUUCAUGUUCCACUGUAAAGUGAGGUAACAUUUGAGGCAUUUUGUUUCCAACAAUGAUCACUGCUUUUCUUGAGCUCUUUAGAGAGCUGUCAUUACUGAAGGAUUUGCCUUUCGCAAGCACAUGUCUCCGGGCCUAUGUGGACCACUGGUAUUAAUUGAAAAAUCCAUCAAGGAAGUAGAUUUAAAUCUCGAGUUCGACCGCGUUGACACAACCAGACGGACCCUGGAAGUUUUCUUGGUGCGCCAGUGGUUUUGAACAGUGCAUUAUGCGUGCCUGGGCCCCGAAUCUGCAGCUGGGUCAAUGAGGCUCGCCGCACAGCGCCUGGCCGGGCUUUGGCCGUGGCUGAUCACGGCUGCCCUGCAGGUGGCGCUGGGCCAUGCGGGCCUGGAGGUGGAGGCGACCCGCGCCCUCAUCAAGGUCACGCUUCUCAACCCCAAAGCCACGGUCAGGCCCAUCACCCUGGAAGGGGUGUUUGCUGGAAGCAGCAGCGGAAUCGCUGAGGGUAAACUCAUGCAGUCUCACCCGCUGUCUCUGUGUAACACCAGUGAGGAUGAGCGGCAAGAAAGCUUCUUCAUUAGCAUUGUUAAGCUGGAGAGUCCAGAGAGCAAAGUGCCCCAGUGCCUCCCACUCCUGGAGAAGGCUCAGCUGGCGCUAAACAGGGGAGCUCAGGCUGUCAUUUUUGACAUCACUGACAAUGUUCACGCUGCUAAUGAGUUGAACUCUGGCUACCUGAAGAAGCCAGUGGUGAUGGUGAAGGCAGCAGAUGCUGAGGAGCUGAUGAGACUGGUCAAUAAGAAUGAGGAGGCCAAGGUCGAGAUCAACUUCAUGAUGGAGACACCAAAAUGGCCUCAAUAUGAAGUGGGAAUCCUCUUGACAGUCGUCUUGGUUGUGCUGUCAAUCAUUAUGAUCUUUGCCUUUCGCUCUCGCUGCAGGUCUAACCGAACUUGGGACUCGGUGCACCAGCAGACCAUGCGGGCUAUUAGCAGGCUGGAGACACGUACUUACAGCUCUCAGGGCUGCUCGGGAGGAUCCCAUCAUUCACGUGGUGGCCAAGGGUCAAACAGCAGUUCCAGCUCUGGGCCUAUGUGUGCCAUCUGCCUCGAGGAGUUUCUGGAUGGACAGGACCUGAGAAUCAUCUCAUGUGCACAUGAGUUCCAUAAGGAGUGUGUCGACCCUUGGCUGCUUCAGCACCGGACCUGUCCACUUUGCAUGCACAACAUAAUGGCAGGUUCAGAGCCAAGUGGCCGUCGGCCUCAGAGAACUCGAGGACAUCCUCGUCCAGAGCACAGCCAGGCUUUUCUUCACCCACACCCACAACAUUACUCAGCUUCUCAUUCUUUUCCCCAGCACCCUAUUCCUUUCUCUCUACGACCGAAUUACCCUCGCACCCUUUCGGGACCCUAUCCCCAGCUGGGAGCCUAUGGUGGCUCCCCAUCCUACCACACUCGCUUCUUAAGCACGAGCUGCAGCUAUCAUCUUUCCGCUGAAGGGCACCGUGCCCGACCUCGGCACAGCUGCCGCAACGUUGGGCACCACUAUACAUCGCCACGUCGUCCGUGCCAUCACUGCCAUGCUAACCGGACACGACAUCAAAACCAUCACCAAAACCUCCGUCACGGAGGGUCUCAGGGGUGCCAGGAUGAGGGCAGCUGUUCGGGGGCCAGCUAUGGCACGGAGCGCAGUGGCUACUUCCCUGAAGGACCUGGCAGUGACUCAAGUUCAGGCCCAUGCCACGGCUCAUCCAGUGACUCAGUGCUCAACUGCACCGACGUAAGCUUGCAGGGUGUCUAUGGCAGCUGCUCCACCUUUCGUAGUUCACUCAGCAGCGAGUAUGACCCAUUUGUCUACCACAGUGCCGGUUCUGAAGGUCCGACAGGUAGUAUCAGGCCUCGAUCUCUAGAUUCAGGAGUUAAUCAGACUAAUGGAGGACAUGGAUUUGAAGAACCACAGCAGCAACAGGCUGUAUUCAGCCAUGUGCACUACCAUAGACACAGACACCACUAUUACGAAGAGGGCGAGCCCAGCCAAGGACCAGGACGAGGCUCUGAUGAAGAUCAAGGGACUGCGGGAGGAGAAGCAGCAGGCAAUUCUCCUAUGAGUAAAGACUCAACUUUGUGUCAGGGGGCUCAUGUUGCCUGCCAUUGCCCCAAAACGGACUCUAUAGACAGGUGUGGACCACCUGGUGGAAUGGAGGAUCGGGACCCAGCUCCUCCAUCCCCCAGUUCUUCCUUGCCUGCCACCUCAGUGCUGAACCCUGCACCAGCCUGCUGCCACCCAGGGCACCCACACUGCCAAAAAAAUACCCCCUGCAGUCUGGAAGCUUCUGUCCCACCCAUGACCGCUGUGCACUUCCAUCAAAGAGUUAAUUUACAGGAUGAUUGCAGCAUCCACAUUCACUAUGGGCAAAGUCCUGCAGGUUACUGCUGCCCCCCUCCUUUGGGUGCAACAUCCACACUGCUGCCCGUACCAGUAAUCCUGGACUCAGGCGGGCUGUCAGAGUGGCCCUGCUGCAGGGGGGCACGAAGGGGGUGGCAAAAGCAGGUGCAACAGGCUCACUCUGAGCCACAGCUAAUAGGGACCGGCACUGUAUUGGACACACCUCUGUGCAGAGGGCAUCACAGUGCUGGGCACGAGCUGCCCACAGACAUCUGUCUCUACUGCCAAAGUGUACGCAAUAAUCAGGGAUCAGAGGAAGAGUCUGGUGUAUGAGAACUCUCUCCAUCCCCAAACCUCACGCUGCUACACAAGAGCCGACAUGGACAAACAAACUGGUCGUCUCUUCUUCUCUUUUUGUCUUUCACUCACCCACUUUUGUCACAGUCUUCCAAAUAAUUCCACAUCUCAAGACAGGCAUCAUGUCUCAGCAUUGCUCCGUUCCCACUGUUGUUUUGUAACUACGUCUGAUGCUCUUGGAAAAAAAUUGUUCUUUAGAUGGUUUUGUUUUUAGAUUUUGAAAGGGAUUUUAUUUCGCUUGUUUCCUGUCGUUUUUUUUAUUGAAACCUUUUACUAGAGGAUUCUCUAAGAGUCAAAUCAACAUUUUGAUAAGAGUAUGUUAGUUAAAACUCAAUUCCAGCAGGUUGUAAUUGAUGGUUAAUGGUACUGUUGAUGUAUUAUGUACUUAUAACCCAAGGUUCUGAAUUUUUCGUUUUCAUGUUUACCCUGCAUUACUCAGUGAACCGGGGGAUGCUGGAUAAACCUUCACAAAAGUGUGAACAUGACUGAUCCCACAUUUUUUUUUGUUUUGUUUCAGAAACCAUUAGAUAUUUAAUUAGAGCAAAAAGAGUCCCUGAAUUCCUCAGUUACCUCCAUGUUUUACUGCAAGUUGGGGUAGCAGAUGCAGACCCCUGUCUUCAGAAAACAAGAGAAUAUUAUGUUAUUGAAGAAAAAUAAUACCCAUGGUGAUUUUGUAUAGCCGUUACAGGCAAUACUUUUAUCCCCCAUAUGAUGUAACAUCCUGUCUGCUACUAGAACUAGGAAUUAGACCCAUUGGCACCCUUUUACUCAUUUGAUCUUAUCUUUGCAGAACACUGAACACACCCCAACAUAUGAUAUCAUCAUGAUGUCAUUCACUGUUCGUGCUGCACAUGAAACAAGCGCCUCUCUUUCUUUAUCUCUUUUUCUCUCUCACUCUCUCUCUCUCUUUUUUCUAUCUUUCUUUCUCUCUCCAACCUACCUCAGAUAAUCAGAAAAGUCCUGUUCACAUCACGGUACUUCAAAAGUAAAGCUCUUGCAUGGCACCCUCUCUGUUUACUUCUGAUAAGUAAAAGAUCGAGUGCUUUACAUAAUGUCUCCUGAAAAAAAAAAAAAAAAAAGUUCAGUGACUGUUUGGAGGUCAUUUAGGUUUCGGGUCUUGUGCUCAUUAACUUGAGAAAGGCAGCUGUUGUUUGUGUCACUUUUUUUUUUUUUUUUUUUUGUAUUUUAUGUCCUGUUUGUGUUUUCGGCUAUAAAGAAGCAAAGUGACUGAAAACUUUACGGUUGGCAAGGAUUUCAGAACCUACUUUUGGUCAUUUUUAUGACUUCUUGUCAUUCAGCUUGGGCUGAGGAAGCACUAGAUUACCCAUAAGUACAUGCUUUUACCUCUGACCCUUUACCUCGUGUAUGACUCGCGUACGGAUAUGGAUCAUUUCAAAAACGGCCUGCAAGCUUGCCGAAGGUGCCUCUCUUUUUUUUUUUUUUUGACUUACUACAAGAUUUUCAAUGUUUUCAUCAUUUCACAAUGCUCUAUUCAGUGUUCCUUCUGAAGUCGGUAUGCAUUUUUCCUUGGAAAUAUAUAUUACAGUAUGUUCUAUUUAGAAUACCUGAACAGCAUGUUGCAGUCAUUAUCCAUUUUCAUAACCAGCAGGCAAUGUCUAUUAUUAAAUAUAGAAAAACACUGACAGUUGUCAAAUAAUCAACAUGAUUUUUAUGCCAAAAUGAUUAUUAUGAUUCAAAUUUGCCAUGUCUUUACUUUUUGUUGACUUUGUUUUUUUUUGCCCUGUACUUUUUCACAUGCAAAAAUUUCAAAUUUUCAUUUCCUCUUUCAAGGUGAGCCUGGCUACAAAGGGGGGUUCGAUUGUCACCUUUUUAAAAGGUUAAAACUUUAAUUCAUAAAAUCGUACAUCAGGUCAUUGUUGUAUAUAGAUAAACCAUUGAAUUAAACCUUGAGGGUUGUUAUUAUUAUUUAAUUUUUUUUAAGAAAUGAAACCACUAUUGAUCUUAUUCAUUUCAAAUGGAGAUAUUUAGAGAGAGAGAGACUUAUUUAAAGUUAAGAAUGAAAUAGUAA